AUGUCAGCUCAAUCGCAAACCCUCAUUGAGUGGGUGACAGAGCUCAACGAUACUUUGUUCAUUCAACUGAGUGCCAAACUCGCUCUCAAAGCCGUCCAAGAGCAAGUAGAUCCAAGCUUAGUAGUUAAAAUCAACCACAAUACCUACACGUAUGACCAAUCUGAGCAAGGCCUUCAACACAUCCGUAGCUCUGGUACAUCGGUUCAAGACGCUUUCUCUGUCAUUCUCCAAUGGGAGAACCCGGAAAAGCCAGACGGCAUCGUGGUAGUUCUUAGCAAAACCACGUUCAAAGAAAAGGCAACGGGCAAGGAGACUAAGAAGACCAACGUGAUUCUCUGGGAGGUUAAGUGGAUUGAUGGAAAGAGGAAGCUUACAAGACAAACAGAGUUAGGACAAUAUCACGCGGAACCAGCGUCGUUGCUCACACCAUGCUGGGAUGAUGUUUCAUUCGAACUCCCGAACUAUUCCAGCCCUGCGAGUCAUGGCAACUUCGUCUUCAAUAGCAUACAUGACGAAGUUGCUCAACAGGCUUCAAGUAGUGCUGAUCCAGAUAUCGUACGAGCCAUCACCUCGGAUACAAAACUCCAGGCUCGUGUGGAAUUCGUAGCGAAGCGACUAGCAAGAAUCCCGAGGGUAUUCGCACAGUACGGCCACACAAUGUUCAUCCAUCAGAUGCAAUUCCAGCAGAGCUGUUCCCCGGCUCUUCGGGAUGCAAUGAGCGCGUGCGCCUUGUAUUGCAUGAAGGGCGUGGCAAAUCAAGCAUUGGUAUUUGGAAAUCUGGAACACAAAUGCCAGCAGCUAAUUGCAAGCACCAAUGCACUUCUCGCCUCCAGAACGGAUCUUCUUGCGGCUCUACAAGCGCUCCUACUUUACCAGAUGAUGCGACUCUUCGAUGGCGACAUUCGUCUCCGAGCUCAUGCAGAAGCCGAUGAGGCGAUCGCUAUCUUAUGGGCGAGCCAACUCAGCGCCCUAACGUUCAACACAGAAGAAACUACAUUGGCUACGCCAGGCUCAACAGACACGAGUAUUUUGAUAACAGGCUGCAAGUCGGACUGGCAGUCCUGGCUUGUUGACGAAAGCAUCCGACGCACUAUUAUUACCACAUUCAUGCUGAAGGGUGUAUACAGCUUUCUGAAACUUGGUUACGACAGCCCCACGAGUCUGAAUGUAUUCUUUAUUGCACAAGCAGCGCUUUGGAAUGCGCAUUCUGCAAUCGGUUGGUCUAGGGCUCAAGAAAAGACAGAGCGACACGAGAUAUGGGUUACGCGUUGGGAUGAAGCGAUUGCAAAGGCGAAACCAGUGGAUCUGGAGGAGCUCGGUGUACUAAUUAUGACGAUGUUAUGGGGACCUGAGGCUACGCGGACAUGGUUGAGGGAAGAUAUUACUCUGGAAUUUGAAUUGGAGAUGGGUUAG